AUGUUUUCAUGUAAUGACAACACUACUAAAUCCCAAAAUCGAAUUAGUACCAAAACUAAAACUGAUGAACGUGACGAUAUCAAGGAUGGAACAGAUUUGCUCAAUUAUCACAAUAUGUGUGAUCUGACCACUUGCAGAGUGGAUUACAGUCCACUUCUUUUCACUUUCGUUUCUAGUAAAAGAUCGCUUUUGUGUAAAAGGUGUCUGGGGUUUCCGAGGCUGUUUUGCAAUUUGUGCAAGAAUUUGAAGGGCUCUAGCACAGCAAUAUUCUCAUCACAGUAUAUAUCAGAUGAAAAGUAUCACAUGACCUACAACUUGCUAGACUUGUUCAAAUUACGCUCGAAUACAGACGACUGCAUACAGAAUUUUUAUGUUAACCCUUACAAGGGCAUACAUACCAAUAAUUCUAAUUUCUCAGUCCUGACUAAUGGAGAAUUGAAAAACAAGGAAGAAGAUGAUGAUAACAGCUUGAUAUAUAACUAUAUACAGACUCUGGAAAGUUUAAAUUCAGUGUUUAACAACCUCUUGAACAGAAUUGCAAAUGAGUAUAAACCCGACACCAGCAAAUGGCAUGAAAUUGAAUCGAAGAUGCUUGAAACAUAUAUAGAACAGUAUAAUAAUAAGACUUUGGAUAACAGAUACACAUAUAGUGUUCAAAGACAAAGUUUGGAUGUACUGUUACUGAGGUUGAGAGUUCACAAGAGUUCAGAUUUACCAUCAACAUGGACGGACAGAGCACUGUGUAGCAUAUGUGGGACCGAUGAGGAUUGGGAUGAUGACCCAAUUUUGUUUUGCGACUGUUGCUAUAUUCCAAUGCACUUUUGUUGUCUGGGAUAUAAGCCAGGCACACUGACGGAUGUGAAACAAAAGCUAAACAUGAACAAAUUUCAUAGACUGAACUUUUAUAACCAUCUGGCGAAUAAUAUAGAAAGACCGGUGAAGAAGAUAAAGCUAGAGAAACUUGAUGAUUAUAUGGACACUGAUGAGGAUGAGUGGUAUUGCCCAGUGUGCACAUACCUGAUGGAGCAACUUGUUUUUUUGGAUGAGAAUUUAGUCAUGACGGCAAUCAGAAACGUUGCAGGCCCCAAAACAUACCAACACUUGGAAAUGAUAAAUGAAAAUUAUACUUCCCAUAAAAUUGAUGAUACUACAAACCAAGGUAAGGAUAAUACAUCUGGUAAUACCAAGCCUGACGGCGAUUCAAAGCAAAAUAAAGACAAUGUUAAGGUAACCAGUUCUGUUAAACCCAAAGAUGAUAUAUUUAAGCAUCCACUUCCUAACGUACUGGGGUUUGACUAUGAUAACCCCUUGGAACGUUCAUUCAUAACAGUUCAUCCAGCAAACCAGCUUGCAACAAACCAAGUUACGAUCGUCAGUUUAGAAAAGUUAAAGGGGGAUAAAGAAAUCUUGAAUGAACCACUAAAGGAGAGGAAAUUAGAAAAGCUAAGUAUACUUAAUUUGUAUAACGGAAAAAAGGAAACAAUAAUGUUCAACCAUAACAACGUGUCAGACCCUAAGAAUUUCUGUAAGAAUUUGUUAUCAAAGAAGGGAUUGUACUUUGAAAACAACUUUUGGCUACUACUAUCUAGAGCAAACUUGAUAGGGAUCCAGGAAUACCUAAACUACCACACAUACGAAGAGUUGUACCUCUCUAGGCUAGUUCAACAAGAUAAACUAAUACAAUCAACAAAACACGUAACGAAGAAGAGGUCAAAUAGUAUUACAAGUAAAUUGUCAACAAACAGGUCAUUAUCAAUCAACAGUUUGAAGGAAUUGUUACCACUAAAAGACGAUGAACCACCAGCCAAGAGUAAGAAAAAGGAACCAGAACCGCAACUUAAAAAAGAACUAGAUCAGCCAGUAGAUGAAGAAGGGUCUAAUAAAAAGCAGGAAUUAAAGUAUAAUCCUAUUAUCAACUGCAAGAACCCUUUGAAAAAGAUGUAUAUGUCACUGAACUUAAAACUUUUAUCAGAAUCUAUAAAUUUCAAUUUAAAUAAAAAUGAACCUGAGACUCGUCAUGAAAAUAAAGAUUCUUUGAAAAAGGAGCAAGAAAAGAAGGAAACUGGUAAAAAGGAUUUGGGCGAAGUGUUUCUAGUUCUAAAGAUACCAAUUUGUAUAUUCUGCGGAUUUGAUGCAUUUGUGCCAGGUGGUGGACCCAUGAAAAGAACAAGCAAUUCAGGAACAUGGGGUCAUAUCAAGUGUGCAAUGGCGAAUGAUUGUACAAUUGAACAUGAUGAAAUUAAUUAUGGAACCUUCGUACCCAAGAUAAAGGCCCUGAAGUGCAUUUUCUGCAAUAACUGGAGCACAUCAGUUAUCCAGUGCAGCUACGGGAACUGUUGUAAGGCAUUUCAUGUUCCUUGCUCUUCGUCAUCACCAAAUUGCUUAUUCACAUGGGAUACAAAUGGAAAACCAGAUGUUUUGUGUCCAAUACACUCAAAAGGAUUAGCACCAACUUCACUCUUAAGGAAAUUACAAAUCCGCCUGAAUUUAAAUAAGGAAAAGGAUGGUAAAGAAAAGUUGGAUGUAGAUAAGGUAAAUCCUCCAUACAAUCUUGGUGACAAGAGCAAAGAUAAGGUGAUUAAGUCUAAGCAUGAUAAACCAGAAAAAAUAGAUAGACGUAGAACAGCUGAUAGAGAGAAAUACAAGUUGGAUAAUCAGAGUGAUAAAGGUGAUAGGUCAAAAUUGGAAGAAAAAGGUAAAGAGAGAGAUUCAGGAUAUAAAAAGGGUAGUAGAGAUGCAAUUGAUGGUAUAUGCGUAAACGAGAACCUGUACCUUAACCAUUUCCUGAGACCAAAUUACAGUAACCUGACCACAUUAUUAGAGUUGUUGUUGAACGAAAAAGUAGGAACCAUAUUCCAGUCAAACAUGUCCUCAAAUUAUUAUAAAACAGAAGUACUACCAAGGUUUUCAAGCAUAGGGAGUAACAACACAAGUAACCAGAACAGUGCAAGGAGUGUUUCAAGCAAACAAUCUAAUACAGAGGAUUUAUCUAGUAAUGACGAUGACUUGAGUAUAUUCAAGGAGUUUGAAAAGGAAGACGAUGAAUAUGUACCCAAUUUGAUAACUCCAGUGUCAGUUCAUCCAAGUGAUAAUACAGAUUCAAGCUUUUCAUCUAAUAGUGGCAAAUCAAGCAGACAGAAUAGUACGAGUUCACAAAACAGUUCUAACGUCAGCAGUAGUAACAUGGAAAUAAGUAGUAGAGUAAACAGCAUUAAAUCGGAGGAUUCAGAUCACUCAGUCACUAGUAAAUCAAACACAUUUGAUUUCCAGUUGCCAGAUGAAGAGUUUGAAACGGAGGAUGAUUUAGUUUUAUCAACUAAAAGCUCAAUGACAGAAAACCAAGAUCCCUCUAAACAGGUUUACUCGAAAGGAAAGUGUCCACUGAAUAAUAUUAACAAGAGUAACUGCUUCUGGUGCUGUUUGGGAUAUGAUCUUAAGAAUCAUAACAGGCAUGUAUUUGAUGAUAAGACACCGUCAUCAAAAAUCAUACUUAGUAUUUUGUAUAAUAAUAACCAAGCCAAUGUUACCACCAUCAAGUCAAUUAUUAAUUCAAAAUAUGAAGAUCCAGAAAACAAUGAAACUUCUAACACAUCUAAGCCCCAGACAACGAAGUCAAAAAGUGAUGAAAGCACUAAUGAUGGAAAGAAGUUAGUUAAGCCAAAAACAAAAGAGGAUAGUAGAGAAGAGUUCAAGAUACCUUGGGGUAUAUUGAGUAACAUAAUAAUAGAUAACAUAGUUGACGAUAAAAUCAACACCUUCAUUAAUGGAGACUUGGUUAACAAUAACAAGUUGGUUAAAAAGAAUGAUUUCCUAGUCCCAAAAAUGGCGUCAGAAGCACUAGUUAGACUAUUUAACACAUUUGAGCCUGACUCUUCAACGUUUGUGGUUAGAACCCUGUUUUCACUACUGAAGCACGUGGAUUUCAUAAAUGAGAUUGACGAACUUUACGGCUACAACAAUUUAUACUUCUGCCACCCACCCCCUUCAAUGGAUAAUUACAUGAACUCUGACAAAUUACUAGAAAAGAGAUUAGACAUGAUGCACCCGAGAAUAGGUAACGGGGUCCCAAAACUUAAUAGCAUUAGUUCACUCUCAGAUCAGAGCAGAGAAACAGUCAGUGGAAGUACUACACAUCGAAGUGAUAGUGUUAGGAGUGAUAAAGUCCAACUCAACGGUACAGGUAGGGAUCACAAGAAGCAUCACGACCAGAAUCUUCUUUCAUUCCUUCAAAAUACGACCCACUCAAACUCAAUUAACUUCUCAGGAACUUUAUCUAAAGUGACGCCUCUCAUUAAGGAUAUUUUUCACAGGGAUAGAGAUAAAAGUGAGAGAGCUGGGGCUCCCAUGAAUCAACUAGGUCGUUCAGCUACUGGUACUAAUCCCAAUGCGGUGGAUAAGACUAACACUUCCACAAAUAAUGGUCCUAAAAUCCUCAAUUCUCUUAACAACAACGCAACACCUUUGAAGGAUAAUGGUCAAAAGGACAGAGAUGCAAAGAAGGCCAUGAAAGAAAAGGUGUUUAACUUGCUUAAACAAGUCAACCAAGUUGAAAUAAUAAAGAUGGAUAAGUCACUUCUGCCAAAUUCUAUACUGAGAAAGUACAUUAACAAUAAGAAGAUAACCAUCUGUAAAGUCUGCCUCGAGUUUAAGUAUAUUGAGAAUGAUAUUGACAAUAAUAAAAGGAAGAGGAACAUAUACAACGAGUCAUACAGAAAGUGCAUCAACUGCAACGUUGAGGUUUGCAACUCUUGUCUCUCAGUCAAUAAGACAGACUUUGAACACCUGACCAACUCGUCAACAAUGAUAAUCGGGGAUUAUAUAGGGCAAGAGGUGGAUGAUUUCUAUUUCUCCUGUAUAAGAUGUAAGGAGUUCUCAGAAAACCUCCACAUGCCUCUCCUCAACUGUGUUCUCUGCUCUAGAUAUGAUGGCCUAAUGCUCAAGAUAAACUCAAAACUGCUUUCAUUUGUCCCAUCAAGAACGAGUUUUUGGAAUAAUUACAGCUAUGUACAUCUUGUUUGCCUAGAGUGGCUGUACUGGAGUAAGAACGUACAUAUGAAUUCGAAGAAGUUCAACAGAGCGAUCUUUGAGCAGAACUGUAACUAUUGUGGAAUGCAAACUGGGGCAACAGUGACUUGCUCGAACACUUCAUGUAUAUCAAAGUUCCACCCGUCAUGUGCAGCAUUCUUGGGAUGUAAGAUAGACGUUGGAAAGAAGAACGAAAGCUUAAUUGGAGUUAAGAGAGCAUUAUGUUUAAGGCACACCUUAAUAAGCAUUUGCAGAACUUCACUAUCUGAACGUAAAUUCAUGGUUGCACCAUGUUAUUUGUACGAAGUUCUUGUGAAUAAUAAUUACUUCGCAUCAUUCUUCAGGGGAGUUUACCUCUCCCCUAAUUGUAUAAAUAACAGGGCUAAACUGACAACGAAGUUAAAAAUUAAAAAGAGGUCUAGAAGUAUAGAUUAUAAGAAUAAUCUAUCUAUCAUGAAGAUGGCAUCGUAUAUCAACUACGGGUUAAUUAUUAACAAAACUCCACAACUGUACGAUUUAACCAUAUCUGAGGCAAUAGCAAGAGAUCGUCUAAUACAGGGCAUGAACUACAUCUUCUAUCAGAAAUCUCCCCAUCACGGCAACUUUUAUGUUCAAUCGUAUAAGGAAAGUCGGGAAAACAGUAUUAAAGACAUCAAAAAUAUCAUUACUCUGAUUAAAAAUGGCUUACUCAAGCCCAUACAAGGAAGCAAGAGAGGAAGGAAACCAAAAUCUCUGGAUGGCUCAGAUGUUGAUAAAAGGCGCAAGAUGUCCAUGGAAGAAAUUCUCAGGUAUGCUCACUCAGGAAUCUUGGAUAACGGUGACUACUACUGUCCUGUUUGCUUCUCUAUCUAUUUUGAAAACUCGCCUGGUCUCCCUGGUGAUGAGCUUCACUGGAUAGGUUGUGACAAAUGCGAACGUUGGUUUCAUUUCGUAUGUGCAGGAGUAUGGGUAGAUUUUAGGGAUAAGGAUUCCUGGUAUUGUUAUCACUGUUCUAACGCUUAGUAAAAACAUAUUAUUUUAACUAUAAUAUACUACACUAUA